AUGUGGUAUUGGACUAAAUGGAAUUCUGUUACGAGGUCUACAGACGUAUCGGAGAUCCAGUCUAUCUUUGAGGAGAACAAAAAGCUCCUGCGCAAAAUCAACCUUAUACUUAUGCCUUUAAUAUAUAGAUACUAUAUACUGCAGCUUCUAGAUAAAUCCCAAUACAGCUGGACAUUAUCGGGGGCCAUUUUGAUAUGCCAUAGUACGUGUCAAAACUUUGCGAGGUUUAUAAUUGUUCGAUUUCUUCUUGGCGUCUUGGAAGCUACCAUUACCCUAGGGUUCUCUCUCCUAUUUACAGACAACUGUAUCGCGAAUGUGAUUGGCGAUGUGAUUAGCUACGGAAUUAAUUAUAUCCAGUUCUCACUGGUACUAUGGAGACUUCUCUUUCUUAUUCUCGGGGCUAUCAUAGUUACGUAUUCCGUCUUUUUUGCACCUUUCCUUCUGGACUCUCUUUCCAAGGCACAAUUUUUGAACGACUAUAAAAAGAUAGUAUUGAUACAACAAAUCACAAGCGACCCCUCCGGCGCAACGGACGAGGAUAUAUUUCGAAGAUACCAAAUAUUUGAAGCCUUACGAAAUCCACAGUCCUGGCUGCUGGUUAUAUAUAUCUUCUCCGUCAAUAUAUGCAAUAGCGGGAUCACAACCCUUACUGUCCUAACUAUAAUAUCUAUCAUCGCUACAACCUUCCUAAACUGCCGUAUUGUCUUGAUGAUGUGUUCAUGUUCUAUAUUAUUAGUAGGAAUGAUUCUUAUCCACGUGCUGAACAAUUCCGAGGUCUACUCGCGGUUGGCUAGUAUAUACCUGGCCGCCGUCUUUGCUGCAAAUACACCAAUGUCAUUGAGCUUAAUUGCUUCCAAUAUUGGCGGCUUUAUAAAAAAGGCGACUGUUAAUGCAAUGCUGUUUAUAGCUUACGGCUUGGCUCCUAUCUACCCGGUGGGGAUCUUCUCAACGAUUGCGGGGUUUUGCAGUGGUAUUGUCUUUCUCACUUUUUUAUUGACCUACUAUAAGUACGAGAAUUGGAGACGAGAUUCAAAAUCCAAGCAUCAGACCGACACAGCGUCUAAGCAGGAGAGACCUGCGAUAGCUAUUAACACGAUAGAUAAGGAAAACCCACAGUUUCGGUAUAUUUUAUGA